UUAUGAAGAAUUAGAGAGCUUCCGAGACGAACGUAAACAAACGUUGACAGUAUCACAUGUACAGCUGUACAUUGAAGUAUGUUAUCUGUUAGAGUUUGACCCGUUGAAUGUUUAAUUAUACAUAUGCGCUGUUAACUUUAUAUUCCAUACUCACAUAGCAUGGCAUCAAAUGACCUUGAAAAGUUCCGAACUGAAUGGAAAAACGAACUUCAAGGGAGUAAUGUCAUUCCAGAUAAAAGAGGACAAAGUUCAAUAGCUGUUGCUCCUACAUUAGCAAUCGAUAUUGUCCUCCCAGAAAAUAUAUCCAAUACCUCGAAUUCCAAUCCAACAAAUUGUUCUGAGUGCAGAGUUCACCCAGCUUUCAGGGAAAAUAACAAGUGCCAUACUUGUUUAUUUAUCAAUAAACAAAAUAAAGAACAUAAAACCAACACUCAGUUCUACCCAUUCCAAAUAGUUGAUGGUCUUCUUAAUUCAAAAGAUAACAUCAAACAAAGUUGUAGUCCAGAAAGAGAGUUAUUAUUGAAUACUAAAGUGACAAGCACCUGUGAGAAGAAAAGAAAAUAUGAUGCAUUCAGAAAGGAAGACGUGAAAGACAUCUUUUCCAAUAAACAAGGUCGACAGGCGUUUGACAAAGAGAGCUAUUUAGACUUGUUUAUUGCUGAUUUGGACGAAAUAAAUGAAAUUCCAUUUUUUGAUCUGACAGUCCCAAGGGAGGUUGCAAUAAAAAUAUUUGAGCCUCUUGAUCUUAAAGACUUGUGCAGAUGUUCUCAGGUAUCAAAGAGUUGGAAAAGUUUAGCAGAUGAUGAGUUAUUAUGGAACAGAAUUUGUCAUAAGCUUGGUUAUGAACAAGACACAGAUGCAGUUGAGAGAUCUAAGUGGAAGACUGUAGUUAGACAUCAUAUUGAACAGGAAAGAAAACUUGUAUAUAAUUGGAAGAACAGAUUGGGAAGUUUUACACAGUUACAGCAUAUUCCGGGUGGAAUUUUAUGUGCAGUUAAUUCUUCUGGUGAUAAUAUUGUAGCUGGGUAUACCAAUGGUGAUGUUAAGUUAUGGAAUGUUUCGGAACAGUUUGAUUGUUUGUACCAACCAUCCAACACCUCAUUGGUCAUUGAUGAGAACACAGAAGGUGGAACUAUUUCUAAUCAUGUGACCCAUGUGGGUGUGUCCCCUACAUUUGUUGUGGCUGCAUACAGACAUGGCAAUGUUGACAUCUGGAAAACAGAUGGAGGUGAUUGCACUGUACCUGUGCAUGUGAUAGAAUGCAAUGAUAGACGUGGACUGAGAGCAGUGGGCGUCGCCCAACAUUCAGAUUUAGUGUAUACAAUAAGUGGCCCAAAAGAUAUCAGUUUUGUACAUAUAUGUCAGGAAUGCACAGAACAAGGAUCCCAGAAGACAAGAGCUAUCAAUAUAAUGGAUCAUAUUUCUGCAUCAGCAAUUUUGGAGGAACCAGCUGCUUAUAUCAAACCACAACUUGUGAUAGCCACAAAAUUUCAUGUGAAUGUAUAUAAAACAGAUGACAGCAAUUCUGAUAUUUUCAGUCAUGUGACUAACAUCCACAAUGUUAUUGGCUCACCUGUAACCUGUAUGGAUGUAAAGUCGUCACCAUCUCAACUGGCUGUAGGAUUAGGAUCCUAUGGUGGAGCAUUAGAUCCUUACAGGGUAAAAGUGUAUGAUGCUAACAGUGGUAAACUAGUGUCCACUUUAUACAACCACACCUGGACAGUUACUUGUGUCAAUAUAGUGGACAGUCCAGACAAUCUGUUGACCACUGGUAGUGGGGAUAGGAGAGUACGGGUAUUUGACUUGAGGUCAGAGAAUAUGACCCACUUACUGUCUGGUCACUCUAGCCAGGUAAACACAGUACAGAUGGAUGAUAUUAAGGUUGUAUCGGGAGGAGAUGAUGGAUUUGUUAGAGUCUGGGAUCUAAGGAUGACAAAAAAACUCUGGGAAAUACAUAACAGACAUCCAGUACAGCAUUGUCAUUUUACAAAGGACAGAUUGAUAUUAGGGAAUGUUCCAACUAGUAAGAUGCCUUUUGUUGAUGAAUUUGAAAGUGUUACACACAGAAGAUACAGAGGUUCUAUUCAGGUUUAUGAUUUCUCCGUGGACCAGACGACACAAGGAGUACCUGACAUCUGUCACUCAACAUAUGAUGAACCAGAAGCUUCUCAUUAUAACAUUAGCUUAGCCAUGCCUUACGAUAAAUUAUGAGAAGAAUUGUACAUCUAAACAUCAGUCUAGCCAUGCCUUACGAUAAAUUAUGAGAAGAAUUGUACAUCUAAACAUCAGUCUAGCCAUGCCUUAUGAUAA